CACUCACUGCUCGAGUUAUUUUGUGAUUCAACGUCAGUUAGAGAAUCGGUAGAGAAUUCCGCGGCGUCCAAGGGCGGGAUUGUCGCCAAGCAGCGCAUAAUAAUGUCCAGAAUGGACUCUGUGGAUGAUGAGCUGACCUCAUUUUUUGGUUCACUGGAAAUAUCACAGUCACCUGAUGACAUCAUCACCAACAUGAACAGAGAAAAUAUCACUGUGAGGGAUUUGGCCAGCAUGGACAGGAAUGACCUCUAUGGAUUUGGAGUGAAGACAUUCAAGGAUGCCAAUCGCAUCCUGGAGCGUGCUCGGAGUCACAAGAAGCUGGUCAAACAGGGGAGUUGGUCUCAAGAAGAGCGACGUCCUCAGCUGGUACGUCAGGAGAGCAGAGAUUAUGGGAGAGCAGGGAAUUUAAAGAUGCGGUUAAUGGACGUUCGCCCGGGUGUCAGAGAUGUGUUUGCAGCUCAACUGGACGGGAAUGUGGAAGGUGUGCCCAACUGGGAACAGUUUGGGGAGAAGUUACUCAACAUGGACACCGUGACCCUGAGGCAGUUUAAGUCUAGUGCUUCCCCAACCAAAGCAAUUCUUAACAAGGAGAUUGGGGACGAUCCUUCAGCAACACUUGAGGAUGCAUUUGAAGCCUUGAAGGCCAUAGGAAGGAAUGAUGUCGUUUCACUCGUGCUCGAAAAACUCGACUCGAGAAAUUCAUCAAUGUCGAGGGAAGGCUCAGAGGACAGAACUUCUCCCCCCAACCACCCAUCUACACUACUGGUAGACCAGAGGUUGCAUCGCACUGAACCCUGCACCGAUAGAGACACGGGAGUGACAGCACAACAGAAUGUGUGUUUUGACCCGGCACUUGAGCAAAGAAUGCAAACCAUCACGGCGCAAUCUACCCUCCCACCCAAACAGAGCUCACUUGAGAAGAAAGUACACCGUCAUGACAGCUUUGAUCAAACUACAGCAGUCUCUUCAGAAGUCCCCAAAUCUCCUAAAGAUCUCUAUAGCCUAUUAAAGGACAUGACCUCCGAUGAGAAUCGUCAAACCAUUAAAAUCACAUGCAAGGUUUUCAAUUCCACAACGAAUCAGUUAAUUAAGGGGGAAACCCCCUGGUCCUCUACUUAGAGACAUUGUCCGUAUUCAGAAGUUUUCUGCCUCAUCUGUACCCAGGGGUACUAGAGUACGGCUGGAAGUAACAACAGACUCUCCUUGCUAUCUCUACAUCCUUAAUCUCGGCACCUCAGGCAACACAACUAUGCUUUUCCCCAGUGAAUGCGAGGAAGACAACUUUUUUCAGCCGAACCAAGUCUAUCACUUUCCUGGACAGUACUUUGAUGAGUUUGAGAUUCAAGAACCUCCUGGCAAAGAAGUUGUUCAAGUAAUGGCAUUUGCUAAGAAGCCAGACAGCUUAACUCCCACUGAAACAACUGCAUCUCUGCUGCGAGAUAUUCGUGUUCUGAAUAAUGCAUCUCGGAGUGAAAGAUGUGGGUUUGCUCAAGUUGAGUUUACCGUUUCAUAAUUAUCGACAUUAUUACAUUAUUUUUAUACUGUUUUUAAUUCAUCAUUCAUUUUACUGCAACAACAUUUAUUUCGCUAUUUUCCCCACCGAGCAAUGCGUAAGGUGUUAAUGGGACACUGUUAAUAAUUAAACAUAGUGUGUUAAUCUCUUCAGAACUGCAGCGUGGGAGUGGGGUAGAUGUCGUUGAGCCAGAACUUGCAGAGCUCAUGAACGAGGUGGCGUCUCACAUCCCUACACGGUGGAGAGAUGUCGGGAUCCAACUGAACCUCAGCCUGUCUGAUCUGAACGCCAUAGGAAUCUCUACUCCGGCUGACAGUCUUCAGCGAUUCAGCUCUGUGUUUCACCUGUGGAGGAGUAAGCUAUCGGCUCCUUACAACUGGUCUACAGUCAUUCACGCUCUGGAGGCACCGGCCGUCAAUGAAACUAGACUGGCUAGGAGACUCAGAACUAGCAAGUUGCUGCAGAUUGCCGUCCACAAUUCUUAGUUAAUAUACUUUCCAACACACACAACAUACAACAAGUAGUACAUUGCUGUGCACAUACGUAGGGACUAGAAAACUUCCACUAUUAGCUUUGUUGAUCCAUUAAUCUGCCAUUAAAUUAUUAUUAUGCUACCCACACGCA